UCGGAACAAACCAAUCGGCGGUUGCCACCUGGCAGGGACCUGUCGAGAACUUGACCUGAAUCAGGACGUCGGUAUUCCCGAUCAAGGGGACUUGCAACAUGUUCCAACGCUUCGUCACGCUCCUUGUGGUCCUGACGGCGCUGCAUGCACGUAACCAUCGUGGCAGCACGAGCGACACCGACAUGGGGUCGUCUGUUAUCGUGCUUCGAGGCGCAAGCGGCAUAGACCACCCACUUCCCGCCGCGCCCAUUGACUUGUUCGAACCGACAGACGAGUGGAAAGAAAUUGGGCUGAAUCAACAGCUUCCGGGGGGGCUGUGGAUUCGCAUCAACCUCUCAACAGGCAAGAAAGAAGCUCGAAACUUGCCCAAGUAGAUACCCCGAGCUUUCGCUCACGUUUGACUAUUGUACAUUGACAUGAACGGCUCGUGGAAACUGACGACCUGGCGUGGCUGCCAUGUGCCAUGGGCACAUCCCAGAGGGAACGACGCUGCAAAGUCGUGGAGUUUCGAGUAAGUUAAGAAAUGCUCGGUGAUGGCGUUGUCUGCAAAA